CUAAAGCAGAGCAAAAAGGAGUACUGCUGCACAAAAUAAACAAACCAUACAGAUGGUAAAGAUUAAAGAGAGACACAAAAUAAAGGCAAAGACAAAAGAAAGCUGUCAGUCCCUCCCUCCCUCCCUCCUUCCCUCACUCUCUUCUCUCUUUUAAAAACCAUCCAAAAACUUAGCUCAAAACCCAAAACCAGCAAAUUUAACAAAGGAAGGAAAGCUAUGAAGGGAAGAGAAGCCAAAGCAGCUCCUUCUGCAGAUUUGUUAGUAUGUUUUCCUUCUCGAGCCCAUUUAACUCUUAUGCCUAAGCCCAUAUGCAGCCCAGCAAGGCCUUCAGAGCAGAACAAGCGCCAUCACAAUCACAAUCACAACCAACACCACCACCGUCACCACAGCCUUAAGAAAUCAAGCACUAUUAGAGGUGGUGGUCAAGCCAGUCCUUCGCUAUGGUCCAAAACCAAGCCAAUGGGCUCGGAGAUCUCUGAACCAACCUCUCCGAAAGUCACAUGUGCAGGGCAGAUCAAAGUGAGGCACAAGACCAAUACUUCAUGCAAGAACUGGCAAUCAGUGAUGGAAGAGAUUGAAAGAAUUCACAACAACAGGAAUAAACAUAAAAAGAAACCCAGUUGGGUUGAAGCUUUUGGGUUCAAAAAAGAAGUAAUGCAAUUCUUGACGUGUUUAAGAAGGAUACGUUUUGAUUUUCGUUGCUUUGGAACUUUUCCAGAACAGUCAGAUAUCACUACUGAUGAUGAAGAUAUUGAGGUAGAAGAAGGUGAAGAAGAAGAAAACCGAGAAAACCAUACUGAGGGAAGUGAUGAGAAUUCAAGAACCGUCUUUUCCAAAUGGUUUAUGGUCUUACAAGAAAAUCAAAAUAAUACACUUUGCAAAGAGAGAGAUAGGCCAUGUCAGGAUGAAGAUGAUGAUUCUAUUGCUGCAGUACCUGCUGUUCCUCCAUCAAAUGCUUUGUUACUUAUGCGUUGUAGAUCUGCUCCUGCCAAAACCUGGUUGGAAGAGAAAGAACAAGAAGAACGAGAACAAGAAAAAGAGGAAGAAGAGAAGGAAGCUGAAGAUGAAAUAGGUAGAGUAAAAGAAGAGAGAAAAGCAAAGAGUUUAAAGAGCUUAAUGGAGGAAGAGAAGAGAAAGAAGAAAGAGAACAUGGUUGUGAUGAAAUAUGACACUGAUUUCUACCAAAUUUCAUCUGAUAUUGCAAAAGAGACCUGGAUUGUUGGUGGCAUGAAAGAUCCAUUUUCGAGGAGUCGAAGUUGGAAAAGAUGAUGAUCUUGGUGACUUUUUUUUUGUUUUUUUUUCUUUUUUUUGUUUUAAGUAUUUCAAGUUUUACCUUAAGCCUUUUUAUCUUUUUAAUAUUUUCAUAGUUUGUUUUUUCUAUAUUUUCCCCCUCUGAGAUCUUGUGUGGGAACUGGAAAAUCCAACUGCAACUAGUUCCCAUAUAUAGUAACCUAUGUUGUCUUAUUCCUGCUGUGAUCUGAAAGCUGUAUUAGUUUUGUACAGCGACUUUUCUUUCCUUUUUCCUGGACAAGAUUUUGCUGCCAAUUCCAUGUACAUUUUCCGAUUUUCGUGAUGUAUAUGUCCACCUUGUUUUAAUUUUGUUGAUUAAAUCAAAAUCUUUUUAUAUGUAAACCAAAAAUUAUAUAGUGGAA